GCGCGAGACGCUUGAGACGGGCUCGCGGCGCCGUCUGUCCUGCGCCUGCUACCGUCGUCAGCGCGUGCGGGACCAGAGCCUUGAGGCUCGACCGGCUCAACCGUCGUUUCUGCAGGACGACUCUGUCCAGCACAGGGCGGAAAGCGCCGCAAUGCUCGCCAAAAGUGAAAGUAACCGCGUUGAAGAAUGUAAAGGCGCGUCUCCGUGGUGAGUGAGAUCAACUUUUGCUUUUCUUCAUCGAGGGACCGGAUUGGCGGAUUUCGCAAUGCACUUUUUGCGGCGGUAACUCAUGCCCCUGAACUUUGCCACACGAGGACACGGUUUUCCCUGCUGAUGUUAUUAACUCUUGUUUCUAAUGAUGCCCGUAGAGUCGAUGUUGGCGUGACUGAUGACCGUAUCUGCCCAUCUUCACGGGUGUUUUCUUUAUCGAGCCACACGUCUUUCCGACAACAUGACAGCGGAACUGAACUUUACCUCACUUCUCAAUGUGACUGAGAUUCCUAAUCACACAAAAGGCUGCUCGCUGACAAAAACCGGGUUUCAGUUUUAUUACCUGCCGAUAGUGUACAUUAUUGUGUUCAUCACCGGAUUCAUCGGGAAUAGUUUGGCGAUAUGGAUGUUUGUUUGCCACAUGCGGCCGUGGAGCAGUAUUUCGGUGUACAUGUUUAAUUUGGCGCUGGCGGACUUCUGUUACGUGCUGUCGCUUCCAUUCCUCAUAUUUUACUACUUUAAUAAAACUGACUGGAUUUUUGGCGACGUGCUGUGCCGGUUGCAACGUUUCAUAUUCCAUGUGAACCUCUACGGAAGUAUCCUCUUUUUGACGUGCAUCAGCGUGCACAGGUACUCCGGGGUCGUGCACCCGCUCAAGUCCCUCGGCCGCCUCAAGAAGAAGAACGCCAUACGCACGAGCGCGCUGGUGUGGUUCAUAGUGAUAGCCGGGAUCGCGCCGAUCCUGUACUAUUCACGUACGGGACCCAAGCGGAACGUGACCACGUGCUACGACACGACCACGGAGGACGAGCUGCCGGGCUACUUCGUCUACAGCAUGUGCAUGACGGUGUUCGGCUUCUGCGUGCCGUUCCUCAUCAUCCUGGGCUGCUAUGGCUUCAUUGUCAGAGCUCUCAUAUAUAAGGACAUGAACAACGCACCACUGAGGAAGAAAUCCAUCCACCUCGUCAUCAUAGUCCUCGCCGUCUUCGCCGUCUCAUAUCUGCCAUUCCAUGUCAUGAAGAACCUCAACAUGAGGGCGCGGCUGUACUUUCAGAGCCCGGAGAUGUGCGACUUUAACAACAGAGUGUAUGCCACCUACCAGGUGACCAGGGGCCUGGCCAGCCUCAACAGCUGUGUGGACCCCAUUCUGUACUUCCUGGCUGGAGACACGUUCCGGCGCAGGCUCUCCAGGGCCACCAAGAAGCAGUCCAGGAAGGGUGACGCGCCAACCCAGUCCAAGAGCGAGGAAACCGCUCUCAACAGCCUGCCCGAGUUCACAGAGAACGGGAACAGGCCUCUGUGAGGAACACCUGGCCAUAGAAUGAAGCCUGUGUCCGAGAAAGCGCUUGCCGAAAAGCGCUGAACUGUGGUUGGUUUUUUUUGCCACGUUAAUGCCAUGAUGCGUCGUCAAUCUGUUGAACAUCCAUCCCUGAGCCAGAGCCGCAUGUGGGAGCAGACAUUCCUUCCAGGCUAAUGGGAUCUUUGACACGUCGUGUAUGUCGUAAUCAGUCGUAAUUCUCUGUGUGAAUAUUCCUUCAUAGUACUGUAUUGUAUUUGUCAGUAUUAUACGAGUGGAACAUUUAAAAAAAAAAGCUGCUGUCUGGUGGGUAAUGUUAUUUUUGGGUUCUGCCAAAGCUUGACCCAAACCAACAUGUCAGAGUUGGUCAGCAGGGCAACUGUAGAUGGGCAUGAAGGCACAUAUCACGCAAAAGGUAACAAAUGUAUUAUACAGUAGCAACAUUAAAAGUUAUAUGAGGCAAGAAGCCUUCUCUUUAUCAUGUCUGAAAGGAGUUUGGAGAGGCCACUAUGGAGCGAUUCAUCCACUACGGAGUCCUUCAUCCACUACAGAGUUGUUUAUCCACUACCAAUUUUAAUUCAGAAGGUCCCGACUUGAUAAAAGGAGGGUGUGUUGCAAGACACGCGGACGUUGAGAAGCGACAUGCCCUCACUCGGCGAUGAAGAAGAAUGUGAGGCAGAACUUUCGCUGAUUUUUAAACUCUGAAAUCACCCAACACCUGGUGGUGGCCAGAAGGUAGAGUGCAUACCUCAGGUUAUUAGUGACCUGCCACGCCAACACUUAACUGAUCUACAAACAAACUACCGUGUUGGACUAAAGCUGUCCAAUUUUAUUGACAAAAACAAAAUAAUGCAUUAUAUUUUAAGUAUUGACAUUUUGUUUGUCACUAUAUAACACAGACUACAAAUUACAAAACCACUUUAUUUAUGGUUAAUAACCACUUUAUUGCAGCAACAUGAAUUAGAUUUUUUAAAAAUUAAUUUUAUUUAAAUUAAUUUAUUUUUGAAACAAAUAUAGUUGUAAAUAGUUCAAAUCACGGUUGAAAAAUGGACAAGGACAGAAAGGUCACAGGUCGCUAAGGACCUGAGGUGUACAUCUAAGGCUUAAAUGCGAAAUUGUGGGUAAAAGCCCAUAAGACUUGCUGACAAUGCAGAGCAAAGCUCUGUUACCGGAACACUGUCUUGUGGAUCAUAAUUUAUGCUGUGACACAUGAAGGAACUACCUUGAAUUGUGUGUUCAAAUUCCCAGUAAACACCCUGCUGUAUAUUGA